UUCAUGGAUGACUAUAAUUGCUCUGAACAUGAAGGGAACAUUAUAUCCUUUAUGUAGUUGUAAUGGUUGCCAUGUGAUAUAUGUUUUUACAGUUUAUUUAUAUACAUAAACCAUGUAUGCUUUCUUUUUAGUAUAUAUACAUAACAUAUUUAAGCAUUAACUGUUGUUGAAAACCAGGCAAGCUAUAUUCAUCAUUUAUUCAUGAAUAGUUCUUAUUGUAAGAUUUUUAAAGCAUAUUUGGAUCAAAUUUUAUCAUAAGAGCUUUAAUGUUUUAGGCACCAAUAUAUUAUUGUUUAUCUGAUGACCCCCACAAGUUGGUGAUGGGAAAAACAAACCACAGCAUCAUAGGUUGUAGCUUUGUACAUCAAAUUUGUUACAAGAAUAACAGAAAGAGUGUUGACAGUAUUUGUGUAAUUACUGUUCAUCCUUUGCUUGCAGGUGAGCAUUUACUGUCUCCUGAGAAAAACAUCAGCGGAGGAGACGUGACCCUUGACUCUGUGUCUCCUCUCAACUCUCCGUCCUUCACCCUCAAUGAGACAGUACCAGACUUCAAUCUUGACUUCAACCUUGAUGAAGCCUUGAAAUUUGUUGGACUGAACUGUUCUGAGACUGGGGAAACUGUCUGGAAGCCCUCAGAGCCUGAACCCACCUCUGACAAUAAGGAAAGCCCUGGUAAGGAGGAGGACGACAGCUUAGACACCUUGAACGACACCCUGGACGAUAUGAUCCAGGCCUCCCAGCUUCAUCCUCAACACCUGCGCUCACUACAGGAGAAAUCUUUCUUGAGAACCCAGCUAAUCAUCUAUGUGGACUCUGAAAAUGAUCAUAGUGAGAGAGCAGAGCACUUCAGAAUAUGGGCCAUGGUUUUACACAUGCAUCACUACCCACUGCAUGCUCCAGCAGCAGCAGCAGCAGCAGACAGCUAAAUGCUGCACCACCCAUCAAGAGGAUGAAGAUUGCAGCCACAUCAGAGAGGCUGGCUGUGAAUUUAGUCUUCCUGCCACACGUUGAAGUUCCUGCUGAUAGCCAAUUGGUCCUCACCUUGUUCAUCAGGCUUGACUCUUGCAUCUUCUGAAGGCUGUAGGAAGAGUAAGUAAGCCCAAUAGCAUUGCCUCCUGUGAUGUAUUGGACUGGCAGUUCCUUGAUUCUGGAGGAGUCUGCAAUAGGAAGACCACAAAUGUAGGAGUUGGUUGUGACAUCCAUACCUAUGAACAUGUAUUUACCUGCCAGAAUGCUUAAUUAUGUAAGGGACUCCCCAGAUUGUGGAGAUCCCAACAUUGUGGAAGCCCCUCGGCAGCUGCCCUCUUUGCCCACUCCUAAAUCAAGGGCCCUGCACAAAUUUCUCUCUCUCUCUCUCUCUCUCUCUCUCUCUCUCUCUCUCUCUCUCUCUCUCUCUCUCUCUCUCUCUCUCUCUCUCUCUCUCUCUCUGUCUGUCUGUCUGCCUGCCUGCCUGCCUGCCUGCCUGCCUGCCUGCCCCCUCUCUCUCUCUCUCUCUCUCUCUCUCUCUCUCUCUCUCUCUCUCUCUCUCUCUCUCUCUCUCUCUCUCUCUCUCUCUCUCUCUCUCUCUCUCUCUCUCUCUCUCUCUCUCUCUCUGAAGUGUGGAUGGUAUAUCAGCACAGGGAGCAAAAAACCAAGGAGCCACUGAGGCUGUCACUUUGAAGAGGUCAUUGUUGUUGCAUCCAGCAUCCCAGCCUGACUGCCUAGACAGCUCCUGCAGGUUGCUGAAGGGCAGAGUCACAGACUGCUCCACUGCCAGGUGUGAGACCAGUGUGGCAGAGUAUGAUGUGUACACAAUGAGGGACACACCACAGCCAACCCUGUAGGUGACCCAUGCUGCACUGCUGAUUGGGUCCUCACUUUGCUGUAGGAGAGCUGACAACACGUACCAGCCAGCAACUCCCAUGCUGACGGGCUUCUCCCCCAUGGGUAUGUAGCACCUCUGGAGUUGGUCAGCAAAGAAGAGGAUGCUAGCCAAACCUAUCAUGUUAGUCAGGAUGCACCAGUACAGAGCUGUGUCCAUUGGGGUUGUGUAGGCUAGUAGCAUCUUGUCAAGGUCCUCAUAGGUGGCCACAAACAGUUUAUGGCUAUAAGAGGAGGACUUGCCUUGUGAACAUCACAUUGGGGAAGCCCACCCCAGCAGCCCAGCCUCCCCUGACAGCUAUCAUCAUCUGCUGCCUUGCCUGGGAGGACCAUAGACACAGCUUGUCUCUGAUGUCUUCCCCACAAUGCCUUGUCUUUGUUGGCUUCAGUGCAAUUUGUUUGUCUUCAGUUUAAAUAGUAUUGUAUAUACUAUCUUGUCUUCACCAUCUUGAAAUGUGAAGGAUGUUCUUGACAAACAAACAAGGUAGUAUUGUAUAAUUAUUACUUUAAAUAUUGUCUUAAAUUAUCUUGAAAUUUGUAAAAAAAAAAAUGUGUAAAAAGAAAGCAAAUACAGAUGAUUAUCUCUGUAGUGAAGGAGGAAGGACUCAAUAUCCCUGUAGUGAAGGAGGAAGGACUCAAUAUCCCUGUAGUGAAGGAGGAAGGACUCAAUUUUUUUUAAGUUUAAGGUGUGAUUUGCACAUAGAGGCUCCUGGAUUUCCCUGUAGAGUGACCCUCCCUGAAUGCAGGGAGGGACGGUGCCUCUAUGUACAAAUCGCACCUUAAACUUAGUAGUGAAGCCUUAAACUUAGUAUUUUGUAGUGAAGGAGGGAGGAAGGACUCCUUUCUGAGUCCUUCUCAUCACCACAAUGUUGCAUCUCUAGCUGUCUUCUACCGCUAUUUUCAUGCUAACUGCUCUUCUGAUCUCACUAACUGCAUACCUCCCCUCCUCCCGUGGCCUCACUGCACAAGACUUUCUUCUUUCUCUCACCUCUAUUGUGUCCACCUCUCUAAUACAAGAGUUAACCAGUA